CGCGCGGCGCAUUUCCGCCUCUGGCGAAUGGCUCCGCUGUAGCGCGCGCCGCGGGCUCAGCUGCGACCCCGGCCCCGCCCCCGCCCCCGGACCCUGGCCAUGGACGACCUGUUCCCCCUCAUCUUCCCCUCAGAGCCAGCCCAGGCUUCUGGCCCAUAUGUGGAGAUCAUCGAGCAGCCCAAGCAGCGGGGCAUGCGCUUCCGCUAUAAGUGUGAGGGCCGGUCAGCGGGCAGUAUCCCAGGAGAGAGAAGCACGGAGACCACUAAGACCCACCCCACCAUUAAGAUCAAUGGCUAUACAGGACCAGGGACAGUUCGCAUCUCCCUGGUCACCAAGGACCCCCCUCACCGCCCUCAUCCCCAUGAGCUUGUGGGAAAGGACUGCCGGGAUGGCUUCUAUGAGGCUGAGCUCUGCCCAGACCGAUGCAUCCACAGCUUCCAGAACCUGGGGAUCCAGUGUGUGAAGAAGCGGGACCUGGAGCAGGCGAUCAGCCAGCGCAUCCAGACCAACAACAACCCCUUUCAAGUUCCCAUAGAAGAGCAGCGUGGGGACUAUGACCUGAAUGCUGUGCGGCUCUGCUUCCAGGUGACAGUGCGAGACCCAUCAGGGAGGCCUCUCUGCCUACCGCCUGUCCUCUCUCAUCCGAUCUUUGACAACCGUGCCCCCAACACUGCUGAGCUCAAAAUCUGCCGAGUGAACCGAAACUCCGGGAGCUGCCUUGGUGGGGAUGAGAUCUUCUUGUUGUGUGACAAGGUGCAGAAAGAGGACAUUGAGGUGUAUUUCACGGGACCAGGCUGGGAGGCCCGAGGUUCCUUUUCUCAAGCUGACGUGCACAGGCAAGUGGCCAUUGUGUUCCGGACCCCUCCCUAUGCGGACCCCAGCCUGCAGGCUCCUGUGCGUGUCUCCAUGCAGCUGCGACGGCCUUCUGACCGGGAGCUCAGUGAGCCCAUGGAGUUCCAGUACCUGCCAGACACAGAUGAUCGUCAUCGUAUUGAGGAGAAACGCAAAAGGACAUAUGAGACAUUCAAGAGCAUCAUGAAGAAGAGUCCUUUCAGUGGACCCACUGAUCCCCGGCCUCCACCCCGGCGUAUUGCCGUGCCUUCCCGCAGCUCAACUUCCAUCUCUAAGUCAGCCCCCCAGCCCUACACCUUUACACCAUCCCUCAGCACCAUCAACUUCGAUGAGUUUCCCCCCAUGAUGUUACCUUCUGGGCAGAUCUCAAGCCAGGCCUCUGCCUUGGCACCAGCCUCUGCCCCAGUCUUGGCCCAGGCCUUGGUCCCAGCCCCAUCCAUGCCACCACCUCUGGCCCAGGCCCAGGCCACAGCCCCUGGCCCAGUCCUAGCCCCAGGCCCUCCCCAGGCUGUGGCCCCACCUGCCUCAAAGACCACCCAGGCCGGGGAAAGCACACUGUCGGAGGCCCUGCUACACUUACAAUUCGAUGCUGAUGAAGAUCUGGGGGCCCUGCUUGGCAACAGCACAGACCCAGCCGUAUUCACAGACCUGGCCUCAGUCGACAACUCGGAGUUUCAGCAGCUGCUGAACCAGGGUGUAUCCAUGCCCCACCCCACAGCUGAGCCUAUGCUAAUGGAGUACCCUGAGGCCAUCACUCGCCUGGUGACAGGUUCCCAGAGGCCCCCUGACCCAGCUCCCACCUCCCUGGGAAACUCCGGGCUCCCCAAUGGCCUCACAGGGGAUGAAGACUUCUCCUCCAUUGUGGACAUGGACUUCUCAGCCCUUCUGAGUCAGAUCAGCUCCUAAGGGGGUGACAUCAGCCCUGCCCAGAGCACCAGGUUGCAGGGGAUUGAAGCCCUCCCAAAGCACUUAUGGAUUCUGGGGGGUGUGCUCCAGCUGUCCCCAAUACCUUUGGGUAAUGCCUUUUUGGGGGCACAUUUUAUUCUUUCAUUGGCAGUUUCUAUCUAUCUCUUUUUGGAGGUGCUUAAGCAGAAGCAUUAACUUCUCUGGAAAUGGGGGAACUGGGAAUAACUCUUCCCCAUCCUAAUGGUCAUCUCCCUUUGUAGGGAACUCUGGGAGGACCCCAUCCCCAUGCUCCAACUUCUAGCACUCUCCUAGAGAGAGGAGCAGGCUGGAGCUAUGGCCCUUGAGGCCACAAAGCCUUAUUUUCAGUGUCUUCCUCACAUAAAGGAUUCAUUUACACUUUGAUCCAAAAUAAUAUUCCAUCACCAAACCCUUAGGCGCUGCCGAACACCAGCACUUGAGGGACUGGCAUUCCUGCCCUGCAGAGGUCUCUGCCAGCUCUUUCCUUGCUCAGCAGUGGCUGAAGGGAACCAAUGGCAUAGUACUCGCCCUCUCCUGGAUCCUGAGGGAGUUUGGUCUGAGACUUCCCUGCUCCCCCCUUUCUUAAGUGCCUUAAUAGUGGGGCAGAUUGUUUGGAGAGUGGAGAAGGGUAGGCUGGAACCUCUCCAGUUAAGAGGCAGUUUCUACUGAAGAAUUAAAGCAAUUGGACUCUUGCUGUUUCUAUUCUGAACUAAUAAAUUUUUUGUCAAGCUGGCCAAA